AUGCAUGUUUCCCGCGUCUUUGCCGUCGCUUCAAUAGCCGUUCUCCUGACAAGCACUAACGCUGAAGCCGCAGCCUACGGUGGAACUUUUAGCGGGUUGAUGCUGGUAUCGCCAUAUACAAUUGCUUCCGUUGAUUUAGACCAUGGUGUUGAUGGAGGAAAGAGUUUCUUGCGUCACCACGCGAACGAGAUACACUGUGACGAGAUGGAAGAUGAGGAAAGGAUAAAGCGACUCCUGAGUCACUCGAGUCUCGAGUCCUUUUCGCGGCAUGCAGAGAAUAUGACACUAUCGUCACUACAUAAAUCGAGCGUGGAGCGGUUGUUCUGGAAGUUGGCGAGGAAAUAUAGCCCCAAGGUCGUCCCAAUCCCUGCCGAGUUCAGCAAUUUCAGACAGCGUUACGGUUCAUGGUAUUACAAGCUCUAUGGGCUGUAA